GUUAAUGGCGGAGAGCGGAGCAGGCGUUUAGCUUAGCGCAAACAUCUGCAGGGUAAAACAAACCAAGACCCCCGGUAACAACAAAGUUUCUCCACUGAUUCGUCCACGAAGCUUGGCUGUGCGUACAGACAGUAAUUUCCCGUCAUCCCUUUGUCUGGAGCCCGAUGCCACAUUCUCCGUUGCUCUUCGACUGGCUCACAUUGAGACUCAGGCUCAGAUUGCCUUACAGCAGCUAGCUCUUCUAGCGGCUUUAACUGUGGGCACCCAGGUUCGCAACAGCCGACUGUCAGCAGCAUUAUCUCCUCACCUGGCCCUCCUAAGUCUUCACAGAAGACAUCAAAUAUCAGCUGUUGGCUUGCACUUGGACACAAACAGAAAGUAUUUCAGAACCACACAACUCCUCUCUGCUGCCAUGUAUCACCACCAGGGGCCACAGCCCUUUUCAAAUGGACCACGGCCACCUCCGAAUCAGCAGCAGACCCGCCCUCCCUCAGACAUGUUGUCACAGGUGAUGGGCUUCCAGUUUCCUCGCCCCACCCAGCUGCCUGAUGAACUGGAGUCAGCUCUUUCUAUCAGGGGUUCUAGAGACAUGGAUCACCGCCUUAUUGAACACAUUGACCGACCAAACCAACACCAGAACCAAGGUGGUUCUGGGAUCAGUCAGCAUGGAAGCUACAGCUCCAACCUCCCUGAUAAUCAACCAAGCCAACAACCAGGAGUGGACUGGACAAAUUACCAACCUCCGUCUAAACUGUUCGCCAAUGCUCCACCUAGUGCAGGCCACCAGCCCCAUCAUGGCCAACAACAGCCUGGUACAAGUCUCUCAGCCUGGAAUGCCCCCAUAAGUGACUCUCCAUCACCCCAAACCAGGCAUUCCCACAGCGGUGGUGGAGAUGGUCAGGGCUUGUACACGCCAGAAAGUGCUGGAAGUAUCUUGGCUAGCUUUGGACUUUCAAAUGAGGAUCUAGAAGUGCUGAGCCAUUACCCUGAUGAUCAGCUAACUCCAGAUACUUUACCUUUCAUCCUACGGGACAUCCAAAUCAACAAGUCUGGCAAACCAAAAAGUGCACCUGCUACGUCGUCCUCAUCAUUCUCACGCAGUAUCAGUGAUAUGCAGCUGCCUCCUUCCCAUUCUUCCCCACUGGCACGUUCAAACACCCCGGAAGUACCAAGCCUCCUAACUGUUACCCAGACAGCGGGUAAAGUUAUUGACUAUGGUCAUGCCAGUCGGGCAAAGGAUGACAGUAGCACCAGAGAAACUUUCAAAAGGGAGCCGUUGUCCACUGAGAGGACAGUUAAAUUGUACCCGUCCUCAUCCUCAGCUCCAAAAGUGGAGACGGGAGAGAGGCGGCAAGUUCGUCUGGAACCAACGGAAUCAAGCAAGCAUGGAGAUCGAGACUAUCGUAGGACAAGCAGCGAACAUCAACGGAGCAGCCGGUCACCUGCACGAGAAUUUUCAAAAUCUCGUCAUCAAGACAGAGACUACAGACACGAAAGACUCAAACCGAGGCCUGUAUCUGAAACCAGGAGCGAGGAGUCUUCUUUAUCCAGACGUCCUGUCUCAAAACCACACAGCAGCAGCAGCAGCAGCAGUAGCAGCAAGAAGUUGCCUACUCCCACCAUGAGAAGCGAUUUCUCAGCUAUGUCUCCAAAGGUGUAUCCCCAUACCUGCUCCAUCUGUGAAGUACAGUGUGAUCAGGAAAAGGAUUGGAUUGCCCACAUUAACACCGUCAACCACACUGCUGCCUGCAGAGACCUGCGCAACAAGUACCCUGACUGGAAACCAAAUAUUGCAAGUCGUAGUGGUCGAUAUGGAAGCCGGGCUGCAAAUCUUCAGAGUCACUCUCCAUCCCGAUCCUCUUCAUGGUCCCGGAGUCCUUCCCCUAACAAACACAAGCUGGGCCAUGACCACAGGCCUCAUGGGAGGACGUUUACUCCCCACCAUUACCCCCGCCACCACUACACAGACUUUGACCAUCGGUUCGAGCGUCAACACUCUGGUUCACGCAGCCCCUCCCAUUCGUAUCGAACCUCCUCCAGAGAUGAUGAGAGGGAAUCCUCAGGUGGCUCGUCACGCAGUGGGUUGAAGCGUCCACAUUACGAUUUAACGAGGCGCUCCACUCACAUCAAUCCGCCUCCAUCCUCCACCAAGAGAGCCAGACUGGUACCCGGACAGGUCAGCAAGACCCUCAAGACUGGGGCUAAGGGUGUGAUCAAGACAGCCAAGACAGCAGCUGGAAAAGACAAUGAUUCAUCUGGCAAGACCCAACUGGUCAAGAAGAAGAAGAAAGUUGUGCCUCCGGUGCCUAAGGCAGAGUCCUUUGUACCUCGUCUGGUUUAUCUGACCGGCAUCCCUAAGGACGCCACAGAGCAGGAAGUUACAGACCUGGUGGGGUCCUUCGGCAAGAUCAACAACGUGAUCCUUCUGCCAUGCUCUGAAGAGGAGAAUGAGAAGGAAGAAGGGCAGAAGGCGUCUGUUUGCAUGAUAAAGGCCGAAGACGCUCAGGCUCUGGCUCAGGCUCCGAACCUCACCAUCAAAGACCAGGUCGUUACAGCUUCAAUAGCCAAGACACCAGAACCUGAGAAGUCAUCUUAUGCGAACGACAGUAAAUCCGGUUCAGAUGUGGAGAAAGGACCAGCUGAAGAGGACACUGGAAGUGGAGAUACAGAACAGAAAACUUCUGAUGAGACGGGCUUGGUGAUGAUCACAGGACUUCCUCAGGACGGCUGGUCUGAAGAUGACAUCAUCAGGCUGGCUGAGCCGUUCGGUACUCCUUCUGACCUCGUCAUAUCCAGACAAAAUGGAAAGGCACUUGUCUACAUGUCGGACAUGGAGACUGCUGAAGAGAUGGUGAAGGUCCACACCUUCAUGCCUCCAAAGAUGAAAGAGUGCGAUCUGAAUGUGAUGCACAUUAAACAGCGCAUCAGCCGCAAAACACCAGUGGCUCUCUACAACCUUCUGAUGGGAUCACUGGACCCAUUAGAGAGUUUGGAGCCUGUAGGCUGGAAGAGUCUCAUUGUGAUCGGGAACGUUCCUCCAUCCAGCUCCUCCGAGGUCCAGAAACUGGUGCGACGUUUUGGUACCGUAAUCAAGACUCUGGUCCUCAACGAUAUGGUCAUUUGUGAGAUGGCCACUGCCGAAAUGGCGCUAUCUGUCUGCAAACGCUUCCAGAGGUUUCCGUGCAUCAUCCAGAACAACCCCCUGUUCUUCUCCCGCAAGCCUGACCCCAAAGCACAGGCCAAGGUCAUCACCACCUUCCUCAACUCAGCCAAAGAUACACCUGCAAACGGUAAAGACGAGGAAACGACAACAGCUCCAGUCAAAGAGGAAUGUGAAGCUAAAGAGAUUUCGGAACCCUUACAAGAGCAGGAGGAGAAAGACGACCAUGAGGAGGUGAAGGCCGCAGAGGAGGUGAAGGCUGGCGAGGACGAAGUCGAGGUCAAAAAGGAAGGUGAUGAAAUCGAUGAACAGCCUCAAGACACAGUUGUGAAAAAGGAAGAAGAUGCUGAGAUGAAAGAGACCCAAGAACCGACUGUCGAAACUGAAAUCCAGCUGUCUGAAAGCGUAUCGCCAAAAGAAAAUGGUGGUGCAGAGACUCUGACCACUGAUGAGACAAAGCCGAACAGUUCUGAUGGUGAAGCGACUUCAGUGGAACCGGUCAUUCCAGAGCUGCCCAAGGUUACUCAGGAGAUGGUAAAGGCGCUGAUUGUAGAAUGUCGGACAAGAACUGCGACUCAGGCCAAUAGAACAGCAGCAGAAGCUGCGGUGACGGCGGAUGGAGAACAGCAGGAAACACAGACGGAGACGGCCGACACAGACGAGAGGGAAAAGUCAACGGAAAAGACAAAAGAAGCUGUGAAGAACUACAGGGAGGAGGAGACCAAGAGGCAGGAGGACAGAAAGGAGAGGGAAGGGAGGAGAGAGAGGGAGAGGAGGGACAGGGAGAAGGAGGAGAAGGCCAGGAAGGAGAGGGAGCGAGAGGAGCGAGUCCGAAGGGAGAGGAGGGAGGAGGGGAGGAGGGAGUGGGAGAGGAAGGAGAGGCAGAGGAGGGGCAGGAAGAGGGCGUACGAGGACGGGUCGUCAGGGUCCAGGUGGAGACACGACUCCCCCCGAGGGAGGGACGAGCGCUGGAAGGACGACAAGAACAAGGUUCAGGAGGAGGAGGAGGAGGAGCAGUUCGAUGAUUUCCCAUUCAACAUGAACGACUUUGUCACCGUGGAUGAAGUCGGAGAUGUGAACGACCUGCCGUGCCCCCCUUGUCCGACUGUUCCCAUGGAGACCACAGGAGAAGAAGAAGAGGACAAUGCUCCUCAAUCUGUGCAGGAGGAUGCUACGGAGGUGAAGAUGGAGGACACGCCCAUGGAGGUUGCCACAGAAACCACCAAGUCGGACAACGCACUGUCUGAGUCAGAGGGUCAAAGUUCUGAGGGUAAAGUUGAGACGUCGGACUCCUUGGUGUCGUCAGAUUUACCUCCAGACUCAGAGCCUCCGCCCAGCCAAACGCCAGCGCCAUCACACCAACAGGACGCCACAGACACCGAGACGGACGCAGAAACUCCAGUGACAACUGUGGAUUCAAAACCAGAAGUCAAACCCCCCUCCGUGUCUGCAGUGCCUCCGAACAUCCCGGCUGAAUCUCCGACCAACAGCACUGCGACGGGGGUGUCGAUCACAGAGAGCGAGGAGGAGCCAGUGGUGCCGGAAAAAGCAGAAGACAAACCGGAGGAGGCGAAGGAGGACGAGGACACAGAGAUGACUGCUGCAGCUGCUGAGAUGAGUAAGGAUGCAAUGGAGGAAAAGGAUGAAAAGUCUGAGGGCAGCACAGAUACUGGACCCAAGAAGACAGAGGCUGCCAUCAGCAAGGACUCCCUCCCACCGUUUAACCCCAGCAACCCAGUCGGUAUGGAGUUCUUGGUUCCAAAGACGGGUUUCCUCUGUAAAGUCUGUAAUCGCUUCUUCUGUGGAAACAAACAGGUGGAGAUGAACCACUGCAAAACUCUCAAGCACUAUGAGAACCUCCAGAAGUUCUUGCAGAGGACGAAUAGCUGAACAGCUGAACCUUGUGUCAUUCCCCCGUCGCAGAGUUUUCCUUUAAGGGUCCACAUUAUCAAACUGCUGUAGAGCACACAUGUCCUGUUUCUGUUGAACGAUGUCAUGUUGAUUUUUCUUGUAAAAUGGUUUAAAUAGUGGAGUAUUGACAUGGAUGAUGCAUCCGUACAGACUGUCCACUGAAUAAAAAGCUUUUGUUAAAUUCUG